GGUCACUAUGGUCAUUUUGGUCAAUGCAGUAGAAUAGCACUCCAACACGCUUCCACCAAAGCCGGUCCAAAAUUUCCGAGAAGCUCCGACAUUUAAAUUAAAUUAUAAUUUCAAUUGCGCCUUCGAGGAAGAAGAAGAUAAUCGAAGAAAGCCCCCAAAAUCAAACCUCCUUAGGUCUCCUUCCCAAGUCGAAGGAGAACGGGUACAGCUCACAUUCUUAAAUAUUAUCAAGUGUUUGUUAGUACCUGCUCUCCUCCGACCUAAAUCAACCACUGGUGGAUAUUAACGAUUUAGUCUGGGAGCUACGUGGGAUAGUUCUAUUUAAAGGGUUUCAUCUCGACUGUUGUUUUUUGGGUUGGAGUAUUGAUAAAUUUUGUCAAUUUCCUGAUGGGCAUUGAUGAAUUUGAUAUAGAUUCAUGGGGGCAAUCAUACAAUUGAAGGGGCUUUGAUUAUUCGACCUGUGUGGUUAGUUUAUCAUCAUUUGUUGAUGUAUCUUGUCGUUAUUGGGGAAGAGGAUCGGCUUGUGAACAUACCCUAUACAAUUCCGGGUGUUCUCGGGCCAUCGUGUCUGCCUUUUGAACAAAAGGAUUUCUCAUUCUGUCCCCCGCGAGAUAGAUGGGAUAAAGAGUUCUUCAAACUGCAGGGUGGAUAAUUGAUUGUAUCGAAUUCAUAGUUUUGGUUUGAGAACUUGGUUUGAGUAGGAAUAAUUUGAGAUGGGUUCUUCGCAAGGGUCUUCUUUGUCCACAAAUGUGGCGGGUUUUGUUGAUGGGUCUUCUGCUCAUAGGGAAGUUUCAUUCAUUGAUAGUAUGCCCAUCUAUGUCAAGGAGCUAAUUGCUGGAGGUGCUGCUGGAGCAUUUGCCAAGACGACAGUUGCUCCUCUGGAACGAAUCAAAAUACUCUUGCAGACAAGAACAGAAGGGUUCCACUCUCUUGGGGUGUGUCAAUCUUUGAAGAAGUUGCUGAAGCAUGAGGGUGUUUUAGGAUUUUAUAAAGGAAAUGGAGCUAGCGUCAUUCGUAUUAUUCCAUAUGCAGCCUUACAUUUCAUGACAUAUGAGCAGUAUCGUUGUUGGAUUUUAAAUAACUUCUCUGCCUUAGGAACGGGGCCUGUUGUAGAUCUUUUAGCUGGUUCAGCAUCUGGAGGAACAGCAGUUUUAUGCACAUAUCCUUUAGAUUUGGCUCGUACUAAACUUGCCUACCAGGUUGCGGACACACGAGGAAGUUUUGGUAAUGUUACGAGAAGUUUUCACACCCAGCCUCAAUAUAGUGGCAUAAGAAAUGUAUUAGGAAGUGUAUACAAAGAGGGAGGAGUACGUGGGCUGUAUCGGGGUGUAGGACCAACACUCAUUGGCAUCCUUCCUUAUGCUGGUCUGAAGUUUUACAUCUAUGAGGAACUCAAAAGGCAUGUACCUGAAGAGCACCAAAAAUCCAUUGUGAUGCGUCUUUCUUGUGGAGCUCUAGCUGGCUUAUUUGGGCAGACCCUCACAUAUCCUUUGGAUGUUGUCAGGAGGCAGAUGCAGGUUGAACAUCUGCAGCCUUCAAUGCAAGGUGGUGCUAGAUACCGUAGCACAUUGGAUGGGCUUACCACUAUUAUCCGGAAUCAAGGAUGGAGGCAAUUGUUUGCUGGCCUCAGCAUAAACUUUAUUAAGAUCGUUCCUAGUGUAGCAAUUGGUUUCACGGCAUAUGACUCGAUGAAGUUUUGGCUUCGGAUACCACCCCGGCAGAAAUCACAAUCAGUAUCCGCUGCAUAAAAUCCAAGACUAAAUACAUGCAUCAUUACAAUUGAGAACACUUCUGAAUCCUGUAGUAUCAUGAUAUUAGUACUAUAUUUGUAUUAGAGAUAGAAAAUGACUGAGUUCUAUAUAUACGUUAGUGAUUGAUAAUGGUUCUCUUUCUCCUCAGGGAGAUGCAGAAAUAGUACUUCAAGAUCCAUUACGUGUCCAAAAGGUGUUUUGUUCUUCCUGGCAUUGUUAUUUUGGCACAAAUAUUUUUGGUUCUUAAAAAGAAACAGUCCGAGAAUGUUCAAUUGUCCGAAAUGAAUUUCUUUAUUUGCGGAUUUAUAAAAAACAUCAAGUUCAUAAAAA